AGCGCGCCCGCGGCUCCGCUCCGGCGCGGCUCCGCUCCGGCCCGACUCCUGCCGCGCCUCGGCCGCCGCCCGCGCCCCGCGCUCCCGGCGGAGGUAGCAGGCGGUGGGGGGACCAUGGCUGACAUCUUCCCGGCCAACGACUCGGCGGCGCCUCAGGACGUGGCCAACCGCUUCGCCCGCAAAGGGGCGCUGAGACAGAAGAACGUACACGAGGUGAAGGACCACCGCUUCAUCGCCCGCUUCUUCAAGCAGCCCACCUUUUGCAGCCACUGCACCGACUUUAUCUGGGGGUUUGGGAAACAAGGCUUCCAGUGCCAAGUUUGCUGUUUCGUGGUUCACAAGAGGUGCCAUGAAUUUGUUACUUUUUCUUGUCCGGGUGCGGAUAAAGGACCUGACACUGAUGUAAGUAGCCUGGAAACUAUUAUUUUCUUACGAGAUGCAAAAAAUCUCAUCCCUAUGGAUCCAAAUGGGCUUUCAGAUCCUUAUGUGAAGCUGAAGCUUAUUCCUGACCCCAAGAACGAAAGCAAACAAAAAACCAAAACCAUCCGUUCCACACUGAACCCCCAGUGGAAUGAGUCCUUUACGUUCAAAUUAAAACCUUCAGAUAAAGACCGACGGCUGUCCGUAGAGAUCUGGGACUGGGAUCGGACAACCAGGAACGACUUCAUGGGGUCCCUUUCCUUCGGAGUCUCGGAGCUGAUGAAGAUGCCGGCCAGUGGAUGGUACAAGCUGCUGAACCAAGAGGAAGGUGAGUACUACAAUGUACCCAUUCCAGAAGGUGAUGAAGAAGGCAACAUGGAGCUCAGGCAGAAAUUCGAGAAAGCCAAGCUCGGCCCUGCUGGCCACAAAGUCAUUAGUCCUGAGGACAGGAGACAGCCUUCCAACAACCUCGACAGAGUGAAACUCACCGACUUCAACUUCCUCAUGGUGCUGGGCAAGGGUAGCUUCGGGAAGGUGAUGCUUGCGGACAGGAAGGGGACCGAGGAGCUGUACGCCAUCAAGAUCCUGAAGAAGGACGUGGUGAUCCAGGAUGACGAUGUGGAGUGCACCAUGGUGGAGAAGCGGGUGCUGGCCCUGCUGGACAAGCCCCCGUUCCUGACGCAGCUGCACUCCUGCUUCCAGACGGUGGAUCGGCUGUACUUCGUCAUGGAAUACGUCAAUGGCGGGGACCUCAUGUACCACAUCCAGCAAGUAGGAAAAUUUAAGGAACCGCAAGCAGUGUUCUACGCAGCAGAGAUUUCCAUCGGGUUGUUCUUUCUUCAUAAAAGAGGAAUCAUUUAUAGAGACCUGAAGUUAGAUAACGUCAUGCUGGAUUCGGAAGGACAUAUCAAGAUCGCGGACUUUGGGAUGUGUAAGGAGCACAUGAUGGAUGGGGUCACGACCAGGACCUUCUGUGGGACCCCGGAUUACAUCGCCCCGGAGAUAAUCGCUUAUCAGCCGUAUGGGAAAUCCGUGGACUGGUGGGCCUACGGCGUCCUGUUAUAUGAAAUGCUGGCCGGGCAGCCUCCGUUUGACGGCGAGGAUGAGGAUGAACUGUUUCAGUCCAUCAUGGAGCACAACGUCUCGUACCCGAAGUCCUUGUCCAAGGAGGCCGUUUCCAUCUGCAAAGGGCUGAUGACCAAACACCCUGGCAAGCGGCUGGGCUGCGGGCCCGAGGGAGAGCGGGACGUGCGGGAACACACCUUCUUCCGGAGGAUCGACUGGGAGAAGCUGGAGAACAGGGAGAUCCAGCCGCCCUUCAAGCCCAAAGUGUGCGGCAAAGGAGCAGAAAACUUUGACAAGUUCUUCACGCGAGGGCAGCCUGUCUUAACGCCACCCGAUCAGCUGGUCAUCGCUAACAUCGACCAGUCUGACUUCGAAGGGUUCUCAUAUGUCAACCCCCAGUUCGUGCACCCCACCCUGCAGAGCACAGUAUGAAACUCGGCACCGAGAACGGGCGCCUCCCCAGCCCCCGCCCCCCGCCCCCCGCCGUGGGAGAUGAUCCCCAGCCCUAAAGUUUGAAGGCCACCGCCUUGUUGCCAGGUGGAGGCCUGAAAGCUGUAGGGUUAUUCGUCCAAACGUGAUCAGCCGUUCGGGGGCUCUCACAACCAAGAGCGUCAUCUUAGCGGCAGAUGAUGUCAUGUACAGCGUCCAGUUUAACUGCGUCGAGGUCACGUCCGGCGGUAGGUUAACCCUUCCCGGAGGGCAAACAGACUCUGCCCCUUUUGGUGUUUCGGUACAACUUGACACGUUUUCCAAACCCUCUGUUGAUUUUCACCAUCCGGAUCCCCCAACCAGCCAUGUUCAAAGGAACCCGCCCCAGUCCCGGGAGCCGGACACAUCUCCACCCAAGACGUCUUUGGAAUCAAAGAACGGGGACCCCAGAGAGUGAGCAAGGCGGGGCCCGGGGGAGGUGGGCUUGGGGCGUCAGGAGACCCGCCGCUUGCGUUCUCUGCCUCGAUGCAAACGGUCCCUAGAGCCCAGGAGGCCGGGAGGAAUCCAGUCCCCCCUGCAAGCUCACUGUUCCCAGAUGCUGACAGUCGUAACCCACUCACAGUUACGGUCGAGCAGUUACCAGUUUAGAAAAAGAGAGGAAGGGAACCUCAGAUGAGUGUUGGGGGCACCUGUCACCUUGUACCCUCCUUGGCUGAUAACUGUCUUGAUACUUGCAUUUCUUUUUAAGAGGCCAAAUCUUCUACGGACUCCGCUAAACGAGCAUGUGAAAUCAUUUCAGAUCAAGGGUAGAUCAGUGUACGUGUGAUGUUCAUUUUAAUCUCUGGGAGAUUAUUCUGGAUCCAGGUGCCAUCGGCGAUCAUAUGCCACUACUCACGCGAGUUGUUAGCCAACCCCCCUCACGCCGACAUUUCGCUGCCCACUUCCUAAGGAGCCGAAGCGUACGCCUCCCACCCCUUUUGUACUUAUUUAUUUAAUAGGCUGCAGUGCUGAUGAGAGUACGACGUACAGUAAGUUAACCCAAGUGUGCAGUCUGACUCCAGCCCCUAGAACUGACUCCCUCACGCCUCCAGCCCUGGACAUCCUCUUGGGACGAACAGUACAGUUUUGGUCCCCCAUCUCCGGUUCAUGUUGAAUGACACGCCCGAAGCUGUAGGACAGGACGCCUGGAUGCGUAUCGGCUCAAAGAGGCUAGAAGGAUUUGCAUAUGUUUUGCAGAGGCAUCAUGCAAUGAAUUUUGCAUGUUUAGAAUAAACCUCAAUGACCAGUGAAUCUAUGUUCUCGAUAUAAUCGUAUCAAGUCCAGAGGGCAUUAUAAUAGUUUGGUAAGACGCAACCGUGCCGUAUCUGUGAAGGCUCCGGCCCCUAGUCUGCUUUUGUGAUGAAGCGUCCGCUUCCUCCUGUGCCGCUGGGCUCCCUCUUCCCCACCCCGGCUCCGUGCGUGCCCUGCGCUGGCACUGCGUCGGGCGUACUGAUUUUUCAUUGCGGUAGACCUAAUUUCGCAGGUGAAUGGCUACUUUGCAUGAUCAAUUAGGCCUACGUACACAUACACAUAGGAGUAUUUGAUUUACCCGCAAACAGCGGUUUCGCCGGGGCGGGGCUUCCUGUCGAGGCGGGACUCCCGCUAGCCUCCGAGCCCGGUCGCCUUGGUCACGCCUCCUCCUGCGGUGGCAGGACGCGUCCAGCUCCCGUGCCCCCAGCACGUCCGUGCAGAUGUGGCGUCGUCACGGCCCGCGGCUGCACCUUGUUCGUUUAGUUCUUCCCUCCGGCCUUGUUGCUGUUGGAGACUCGGCGUAGCAGGGACGGGAGGAUAUGCCCUUCCUGGCACGGGCGUGCGGAUGCCCCGGAGGCGGGCUGUCCAUCUCACCGUCCCCGGCACGCGCCGCCGUCUGCGACCGCACGGGCAGACGUGGCGAGGCACAGCCGGGCCCUGGAGCUGUCAGCCCACGCUCCGGGGAGGCUGCAGGCGCUCUCCCCGGUCUUGCUGGGAGCGGCCUUCCCUGCCUUGGAAGGGGCACUCCCGUGGGACGCGUCCUCACAGCGCGGGGUCCUCGGGCAGCAGCAGAAAGAACGUUUACGAGGGACGGGCUUGUCAGUCCCUUCGGGGGGCUGCUGUCUCCCCCCUUGUUCCCCAAGAGCGUGUCCCAGCGAGGCGUCCUCUCAUUUUUACUCUCGGGCUAUUUGCCUGAGUUUCAGCCGCCACACGACCGCUGAGGGGUCUUGGGGAUGAGAGGCCUCGGCCAUCCUGGGAACCCUUGACUGGAGCAAGAGAUGCGCCAGGGAGCAGGUUAGUCCAGAAGAGAGCAAAUUCUUCCGCCACCUUUUACGGCCCGUAGACUCAAGGGCUCCGGAGGGGCCCCGGCUGCGGAGCUGCGGCCCCGUGGGUGCGUGCACGUCCGGGGGCCACGUCUUCCCCCGGUGCACCUCGUUUGCUCUGAUAGAAAAGGGACCCAAGCAUAGAAAGAGCCUAAGAAGCAGAAGAGGCGGUCACCCCGCCCCGGAAGGGAGCGACAGAUCCCCAGCUGAGCCCCAGAGGUGAGGAAGGCCCCAGAAAGGAGCCCACGGGGUGGAGCCGCGUGUUCCCGAGCCCCUCGCUGCCCGCUCGGGCGAAGCCCCGGGCAGGUCACGCCGUCCUUCUCACAGCGACACGUUUCCAAAUGAUUCAUCUUUCUCUAGGAAACAUGCCAGCUGGUUUUUAUCCUUUCUGAGUGUGUGGCAAGGUUUUAAAGGAGAUACCGUGUCUGGGGGGCCCUGUACCCUGCGUGAGGGACUGCAGGCCUGAGGACAAACUUGGGGGGGAACAGUAAAAGCCCCGGUGCCGGCGAAGUGUUACCGCGGCGGGGCGUGUUGGUGCGGUGCCAUGUCCGGGAUGUAGGUAGAAGCCAACGCUUCUGAAAAGCGGAGCCGCCCGAGACAGUUCUGCUGGAAGCGCACGUCGUGUUGGUAACCGUUAGCAGAACGGGUUGCUGAGGGUCUGUGGCGUCACCCCGCUUCGUGGAGGUCACGAAAAGUAAAGCCGCAGGGAAGGCGCUGCCGUUUCCAAGGGGCUGGGACGACAAGAGGCCCUGAAGGGCCACGUCACCGAGGGCCCCGGGGAGGGCCAGCCCCGGGCACGGCCUGUGUCGCUGGGGCCCGUGGGGGGCCAGGCCCGCGGGGGGGCCCAGCUCGAGCUGGCUCCCCGCCAGACACUGUGACGCGACAGGCCGUUCGGAAGGUCGGUGACCUUCCCCGGGGAGGCGGCUGCUCAGAGGCGGGACCCCCGUGCGGGGCCGCGGCCGGCGCGCUGCGGCCCUCCUCCGGGCGUCGCCUUCAGGCCCACGAGGGGCUUGGGGUGAGGGAAGCAUGUGGGGUGUGCAGCCCGCGGAGGUCAGUGGGAGGUUCGCUCGAGGCUGGAACGAUUCAGAAGGUCCAGAGGAGACCCCGGGACCCGAGCGAUGGCUCUUCCUCACGUCUGCUCCUGUUUUGUUCACGUCCGUGCGGAAUGUCUGCCUUGUCAUGUCUUCGGAGGUGGCUAGGCUUUGCUAGUAGGGUUUUGGGAGGAAGCCAGAGGGUUAAGAGGUCUCCGGAGACUGGUCGGAGGUGGUCAGCUAGGAGAGCGUGAGGGCCCGGAUUAACGCGAUUCAGCGAACGAUUGUCGGGCCCCCCGAGCCGUGGUCCUUGGCCGUGGUCGGCAAGGAGUUGAGGGGAGAGUGGGUUUGAGUGCGGAGGAAGCCAGGAGGGAGGGGAGGCGAGGGCGUGCGGGAGGGGAGCGCGGUUCGCCGUCGGGGAUGGUGUCGGAUGCGUCUGCCUGCCGGGCCUCCGCCGCGAGCACCUCCCAAACCCAAACGCCAGCAGCAUCCUCCCCGCCCCCUUGAAGAGGCUCCGGUUCCCGUUCCCCGGGCGGGGCCGAAGCAUCCAGCAGGUGGGUUCGCACCCACUUUUCCCCUGUGACCUCCUGUAGCUGGGGGGCGGGGGCGGGGAGCGGGGACGGAGCAGAAACAACUAACACUGCAGGUCCCCCCCAGCUCCCCGAUUCCACGUAGCGGGAGGACUUCGAGGGUUUUGCUGGCGUUUGUUUUCUCGGUACCGAAGGGGAGGACAAAGUGAGGGUCUUAUGUUUUUAAGAGCCUCAGAAGGGAAACGCCACUGACAGUCGUUUUCUCCCCUUGGUCUUAUGAAGUCGCCUAUUUCUUGUACCAUCUCCUGCGUCUUUAAGGCCAGCAGGGGCAGCACGGAAGGGUCACGACGUGAACCUGGCGCGGGGCGGGGACCCAAGGCGAAGACUCCCAGGGUCUCGGGGUCCCGGGAACAGCGAAGGCCUUCUGGCUGUCAGUGGCCGCACCCUAGGUUGACAGGGAGUGCUGGGAAAUAUUUUUAAAACCUUUUCCUUGAGUUACUUGGGUUACAUUUUAUGAAAUGUACCGACUGUCAACGUUUCUGCCAUUUCCCGUUUGGGCUGAUGCAGCAAAUCUAGGGAAUGCUGUAGAUUUCUGUUGGUAGAAAGGUUACCUGAGUUACACGUGGGCGAAGGCAGCCGUGUAGAAAUGGUGUUGCCCACAGUCCUGUUCAUCGGAUAAUGUCAGGGGCUCGUCAGGAGGGUUAAGAGCGGAACGCCUAGGAUGCCAGGGCCUCUGAUCUGUGUGAUCGGCUGUCAGUUAAUAACUGUGUAGGUCCAGCUCAGUCAUCCAACAGCCUUAAAAUGACCCACACUAAGGCCCACACGUUCCAAAGACUUUCUUGAAACCUUACGGAAGAAAUUAAUCUGUUAGUUCCAACAGAACAUCUGAAUGUACUGGGCUGUUUGUACUUUUUUAUAGAGAACUUUAUCAACUCAAUUCUUCCUCAGAAAUGAGUUUUUAAAAUAAAACUACGGACAGUUUCGUAAGAUUCCAAUCACACGGCGCCUGUGGGAGGACUCAGCUGGGGUCGGCUAGAGCGCCCCCGUCCUGCAGCCCCGCUGCAGGAUCUUCCCAUCCAGCGGGGUCAGGCGUCCUCAUCUCAAUGACUGGGAGUCCGGGUGGAACAUGUUAGCGGAAUGACGCCCUCCGUGUUUUUAAUGGGACACUGGGGACAACCGUCUGAGGUCUAGGAACUUUGGGGCCACGGGCAAGGUGGCUUCAUUGUCCCCUUUCCAGAUGCAGCUCUGGGAUGGCUUUCCCGUUUCCUCGCCCCGCGGGGCUCUGCGACCACCUUUCGGCCUGGGGAUGGGGGGGGCGCCUCCUCAGCUCCGUCUCCCGUCCCCACGGGCCCCCAGCUCUCGCGUAUACGGUGAAAGCUCAGUGACGCCCUGCGAGAACUUGGUCCCUGGGCGGCUCAGAACCACCCCGACCUCCCCAAGAAAGAAGCGGCAAAUGCGCCCGUUGGCAUCAUCUCUCGGGAGUAGACGGGACCCUACUCGUCAAGGCUACUGUGUAAGAACCGUUUUUUCUAAAAUAAGACAAAAGGUGGCUUUGCGUUUUCUGAUUAAACAGCUCUGUCUUUGUCCCCUCUGCUUCACUUUAGGAGUAUUUAUUCCUGUGAUUGUUGGUAGAUUCUUGUUGAUACUCUUCCUGGAAAAGUGUGAUUCUUUUCUUGAGGGGGUUAGUGGACUAUUCAAAAUCGUCCUUGAAGGCUGUUAUCCUUUUGAGUCUAAAAAUUCACCUCAUAUCUCUUCUGUUAGGGUCUUUUCGAACGUCUUUUGUAGAUGGUCAGAAACAUGUGGAAUCACUGCUUUGCUACAUGAACGUGGGGGAAGAGUGGGGCUGAAGGACAAGCCGUGCUUAAAGCAUUCUUGAAAAGGAUCCUGUAUCAGACCCCAGAGUUGUAUGGAGGAGGAGGAGGAGGAGGAGGAGGAGGAGGAGAUGGAGGUUACAGUUUUCCCUUCUGUCAAGCACCUGCUGGCAAAACGUAGAGGCCAUUCAGCUGUCAGAUCACAUUUGGUUUAUCGCAGGUGAAAUGGAUGUACAAAUUACUGCAUUGCUCUAAUUCAUAUAACCUCUAAUCUUUGUUUGCAUGAUACGCUUUGUCAGAUACCUUAACUGUAGUUUGGAAGCAAGUGUGUAUGAAUAAAGACAAUGAUCGUUCCUUCGUGUCCUCGGUCUCAUUUGCAUCCCUCUGUGGCAUCACAGUUCUUUCUCAUCGUGUUCACCUGGCAAGUGUAGCGUUUGAGUCUGGGUGCACCCUGUGGGCGCUACUGUCUUUUCACCUGUGUCGUGUGUGCCUCUCCAUUUAGGGUCGCUGUCUUUAUUUCCUAAAAUACUUCCUGCUUUGAAUUGAAACCCAGGCGGUUACGGGGAUAAAAACGGUGGCAGGGCAUUCAGUCUUUCAUUUGCAGAGGCCAGGGCUUGUGCCAGCUAGGGGAACAGCGCAGACGGGAAGGUUGGCGUGGCCCCCGCCUGCCCGGUCCCCGCACCCCGAAGCCACACAGGACACGCAGCAGCUGGUGAGGGUGUCGUCCCAAGACAGAGACCCACCCUGGAAGAAGGGCUCCAGAAGGAACUCAAAUCUUGGGAAUUCUUCUCCAGGAACAGCCAUUUCCCGCACAGCCUGUCGGCUGCGCUGUGCGUUCAGGGCCGGCAGCCCUCACCCCGUACUUACUCACGGGUGCAAAACUGGGGGAAGUGUUCACACGGGAGACAGGGAGCCUUCCAGAGCACCCAGUGUCUUAAAACUCAACACUCUUGAGCAGAUUCGCCUCAAAAAGCACUAAAGACCAGGAGAACAAAAGGAAACAAGCAAAUCGCUGCUCCUGAGAGCCGCGGCGGUCUUGGCUCGGCCGCUCACCUCCUUCGGGGGGCGGCUCCCCACUCACGCUCCCGGGGUCAUCCGGGCCCGCCCCUCGCGACCUGCCCUGCCCUGUGGUCCAG